AUGGAGCUGCCGAACACCCCGUCGACGGCGGAGCUCACCGCGGGGGACCUCCUGCAGUACGUCGUCGACCACAUCAACACCCUUCUCCAGCGGAAUUAUUCCUUGGUAGAUUUCGACGCCUUGGGGCCCGUUAAACUUCUGCAAGUCGUCAACGACGUCUUCGCGACCUUGCAGCCGAGCCUGCGGAUCGAUCUCGAGUCCACCCCGGCCGAAAAUUAUCUUCCCCUCAUGACGGAAUUCCUGCUCAAACCCCUCGGCUACCGUGUCCCGCCGCUCAUCCAGAGCACCUUCCACGAGAGCUUCGCCAAGGCCGAGACGACCGUGAUUUAUCCCAUGCUGUAUUGGGUUUUAACGCACAUGGCGAUCAACAAGAAGCGGGUUUACCUCUCGCGAUUCCUGCAAUCGUUGGAGAUCCCGGAGGAUAUUCAGGCCCAGGAUGAGGACGUCCGCGUGCUCUACGCGCAAUAUCAGCAGCUCCGCAGCGCCUUCAUCCAGACCCACCGCCGGGUCGACGCCCUGCAAACCGCCAUCACGGACCCGCAGGAGACCCGGCGAAAAGUCGCCGCCUUCGAGGAGGAAAACACCCACCUCAAGGACUACCUCCAGGCCGCGAUGAAGCGCCUGGAGAAUGUGCAGAACAAGGAGCUUUUUUUGUCCGAAAGUAAGACCCUCCGCGCGGGGCAGGAGGAGAGCUCGAAGUUGGCGGAAAAGUUCGUGGAGCUCCAGCAGUCGAUGCUCUACGCCGAGGUCCGGCAGACGGAGAUCAGCAAUAGUUUGCAGUGUCUCCACCGCGACGCCGCGGACGGCCGCGUCGAUGCGAUGAUUCGCCGCAUGAAGGACGAGAUCCUCUCAAACAAAAUCAAGCUCGAGGAGCAAUUACCGCUCGAGCUGGAUGCCAAACAGAAGGAAAACGAGGAGCUUUUGAAGCUCCUGUCGGAGCCGCUCGACAUGACGGCGUUGGCGAGCGAAAAUCAAAACUUGGAGGAUGUCCUGCGCGGGUUGAAGGCGAAAAUCGACGAGCGUUCGGCCCCGAGCCAGGACGGCUCCUCGAUCGCGACGAUGAAGCAGCAGGUUCAGCGCGUGAUCGCGCACAAGACGGAGGUCUUAAAUGAACUAGGCAAUUGGCAAAGCAAUCGGAAUAAACUCCUCGAAAAAAUCCGAGAGCGGGAGGCGCAGAUUGCGGAACUUCGGGAUGCGAGCAAUAUGGUUAGUGAGGAUGAAUUUCGCGAGUUUUUUGCCCAAAUUCGCGCCAAGAAGGCAGUGACGGAAGGGAUGAAGCAGCGGCUUUCGGAGAUGCACUCGGAGUGGGGGAUUCUGGUCUUCACAAAGGAGCUUCUCCAGGGGCGAUAUAAAGAACUCGAGGAUACGAUUACCGACCUGGAGAGCAAGAUGGGCCUUCAAGGCUACGGCCGCACCGUCGAGGUGCUUUCCAAACUCACGGAGGAGAAAAACGUCAUCGAGGGGAUGAAAGGUAAGACCCUGGAGGAGCUCUCGCGUGUCGUGCAGGAUUUUAACCUCGCCAUCCGCGAGGGGCGAAACCGACUCGCACCGCUGAUUAAUGAGCUGCGAAGCGUCCGACAAACCGCGGCCGAGGUGGACGAGCUGUGGAAUUCGAAAAAGAUGACCUACGACCACCUCGAGGCGCUUUUGACGGAGAAUAUGCGCAAUUUGGAUGAGCAGGUCACGCGCGCGAAGGAGGCGGUCGCGUUGAACGAGUCCAUGUACCACCGUCUACACUCCCAGAAGAUUCUGCAGGACGCGAGGCUGAAGUUCGUCCACGACGAGGGCAAUUUUCGCUCGAACGUCGGCCCUUCGCUGGAUCGUCAUUUCAAAUCCUAUACUGAGUACUUCACGCAAACAACUCGCAAUUUGGAGGAUCGCAUUAAGUGGCUCCAGGUUAAACAUCGGGAUAUCAACGAUAGUUAUACCACCGGCGUACAGCAGGUCGGGCUUUUUAAUAAUCUGAAGAUGCUUCUCAACGCAAAGCAUCAGGCAAUGAUCUCGGAGGCAAACUCCAACAUUGAAAAAAGGAACAGUCUGGAUAUUGAUAUUCAGAAUAUCAUGGGAUCGCAGCGGAAUACCGGGUUCGAUAGGUUGGUGCUCAACCCUAACUAG